CAACUUCUCUCUGUCCCCGUGUUGGAGGUCUGCUAUACUUCUACUCUUCCAGUAGCAUCGACAGAAGCAAUAAUGGCGGGAAGAGAAGGUUUUCUCCACAGUGAAGCUUUCGAUCCUCAUAUUGAAAGAUUGGAGGGGGAAGACCUCAUGAUUGAUUUGCAAUUUCAGCUUAAAUCUCUACGAAGCAGAAUCAAGGAAUUAGAGCUCGAGAACGCAAGAUUAUCUCAGAUUUCAAAUUGUCGGUGCCGGAAGAUAGAAGAGAGUCAUGAACGUUCUGCUAUAUCUGCUGAUAUUUCAGUUGAGGACAUAGUGCAAUCAACUUCUGGUAUUGGUAUAGUUGGAGCAGUGUCAUACAAAGAGGAUUGCAGAGAAGGCGGCAUAUAUACAAGAGAGAAGGAGGGAACCAAAACUGUUGACGGGAAUAGGAAGAAGAAAUCAAAAGAGGAAACAAUGGGUUGUGACACGGGGAUCAUGCGUCACCAUGCUAGGAGACAUGUUGCUCUUAAGAUUAUGUACUUCGGUCAGAGGUUUCAUGGUUUUUCUUCAGAGGGACAAAUGGAUCCAACUGUCGAGUCUGAAAUUUUCAAGGCACUCAAGCAAACAAAGCUUUUGAUUGGUGAGAAAGAGGAGUUACAGUACUCAAGGUGUGGUAGGACUGACAAGGGUGUUUCAUCUGUUGGACAGGUUGUCUCUUUAUUUUUACGAUCAAACCUUAAGGACAUCAAGUUGCUUGCAAAUUGUGAGGAAAAUGCUCCAAAAGAAAGAUGUGAAGAGGAAAUUGAUUACGUGAAGGUCCUGAACAGAGUCCUUCCCAAAGAUAUCCGAGUUAUAGGCUGGUGUCCUGCUCCUAUUGAUCUCCAUGCAAGGUUCAGCUGUUUGAGCAGGGAGUACAAGUACCUUUUCUGGAGGGAAAAUCUGGACAUAUCAGCAAUGGAGAUUGCUGGUAAAAAAUUUAUGGGGGAACAUGACUUCAGGAACUUUUGCAAGAUGGAUGCAGUGAAUGUCCACAACUACAGACGCAAUAUCUUAUCAUUUGAAGUUUCAUCUUGCAAUGAAAGGUCAGAAGAUGAUCAAAUAUGGGCCAUGACAAUCAAAGGUAGUUCCUUUCUAUGGCACCAGGUCAGAUGCAUGGUUGCUGUGCUGUUUAUGAUUGGUCAAGGUCUUGAAUCCCCUAGCGUAAUUGAUAUUUUGCUUGACACAAGCAAGACCCCAAGGAAACCUCAGUACACCAUGGCUCCUGAGCUUCCAUUGAUUCUUUAUUCCUGUGAAUUUCGUGACUUGAGCUUUGUUUGUUCUCCAGAUGCACAGAAGGCUGUGUAUGAGCACUUGAAGCAUGAAUGUCAAAGUUAUAGGCUCAAGGCUUCUAUCUUUCGUACGGCACUGCUAAGUUGCUCUUCUGCAAUGACCGUUAUCAAAUUUCAGAUGGGAAUCCCUUGGGCUAUUCUAAGAAGAAGGCAGUCCAUGUUCCUCUCAUGUCACGACCAACUGAGCCAUCUUAUGAAGAGCGGCGUGCCAAGCUGAAAUCAAGAAAGUAAUUGUAUGAGUGAGUUCUUUCUCCUGGAAGUGGUCUAUCUAAAUUUAAUUUUUAUAUAUGAUCCUCAAUUUUGACUGUUGCUUCACUGUGCAGUCUGUAUUUUGGUUUGUUUUCUGUUUAUGUACACCAUUAGAAAAUGUUCAAUUC